UGACCUAGUCAGUCUAAAUCUAUCAGCGAACAGUUAAAAGCGAGAGUGAACCGAGCUAAAUAAAGCUUACGUUUUGCGCAGUGGUAAGAAGUAUUGAAAAAAUUAGUAAAAAUGUCUCUGUUGCCGUACUUGUUCGAUGAGCCAGCUUAUUACGCCAUUAGGCCAUCAAGGCUAUUGGAUCAACACUUUGGUUUAGGACUGGAUGCAGAUGACCUACUACAGCCAUUAAACCUAAACAACCGUCUGGUUACCAGGACACCGGCCGGUUAUUUAAGAAACUGGCGUUCGAACCUUGCUAGUCAAGAUUCCGGCUCUACAGUAAGUUUCGACAAAGAUAAAUUUCAAGCCAAUCUGGAUGUCCAACAGUUUAAACCUGAAGAAAUCACCGUUAAAGUUACCGGGGAUAAUGUGCUGACUAUCGAGGGCAAGCACGAAGAGAAACAAGAUGAGCAUGGUUAUAUUUCCAGGCAUUUUGUUAGGAGGUAUGUUCUGCCGAAGAACUAUGAUAUUAGUCGCGUAGAAUCAAAAUUAUCGUCUGAUGGUGUGUUGUCAAUCACGGCACCACCAGUAGAAUCCAAAGAGGUAGAACACAAGGCUAUUCCAAUUACACAAACUGGAGAACCUGCUAAACAAGCUGUAGAACAGAAGAAAUAGGACGUUCAGGUUGGAAUUGAGAAUCGAAUUAAGUAAAACACUCGGUUUUGUUCCUCUACUUUUAUUUAAAUACUGUAUAAAAUACAUGUUAUGAUGUGUAUAUUAAUUAUUUAUUUAUAGAAAACCAGAAAAAAAAUUUUAUAUUUAUUUUAUUAGGUUAAUAAACUUAGUAUUUAGUAACUA